AUGUCGAGUAAUAAUAAUUCAUCAAAUGCAGCGAUUCAAGGCGCAAAGGAUAGUAUAGCAGGUACUAUAGCAGGUGCUGCUUGCUUGUUCACAGGUCAUCCAUUUGAUACGAUCAGAGUUAGAUUACAAACAUCUAGAGCACCACUUGGUAUUAUGGAAUGUUUAAGAAAUACAGUUCAAAAAGAAGGUGCCAUGGCAUUAUACAAGGGUGUAACAUCACCAUUGGUAGGCAUGAUGUUUGAGACGGCUGUACUAUUUGUUGGUUAUGGACAGAUGAAAAAUUUACUUCAAAAAGACCCAAACAUUCCACUUACACUGCCACAAUGCAGUCUUGCUGGUGCUGGUGCUGGUAUAUGCGCAUCGUUUGUAUUGACACCAGUCGAAUUGAUUAAAUGUAGAUUACAAAUCCAAACUACUGGACCUCAAAAAUACAAGGGUUCAUUUGAUUGUUUGGUUCAGGUCAUGAAAGAGUCUGGACUACGUGGACUCUACCGUGGUUUGGGUCCAACUCUCGCUAGAGAAAUCCCAGGUAAUAUGGCUUUCUUUGGUGUAUACGAAGGUUUAAAGAGACACUUUAGAAAAACUACUGGUCAAGAAGAUUUACCAUUACGUUAUUUAAUUGUCUCUGGUGGUAUUGGUGGUAUUGCUUAUUGGAGUAUUUUUUAUCCAGCAGAUGUCGCAAAGUCUAGCAUUCAAGUGUCAGAAGGAGCUGUAUCACCAACUUUAUUAUCAACACUUAAAAAUAUUUAUCGUGCUGAUGGUAUCAAAGGUUUAUAUCGAGGUUAUAUCCCAACAGUACUUAGAGCUUUCCCUGCCAACGCUGCCAUGUUUUCAGUUUACGAGAUUGUAUAUAAAUUUUUAGAUCAACAAUAUCCUCAUAAAUAA